AUGGCCCGUUACCUGAUGAUCCCAUACGCCAGUCGAUAUGAAGUCGGAGAUUCGAAAGAUGCGGCUAAAAAGUUGUUCGAUACGAUGAUGCAGGAUUGCGCUGAAACUACCACCGGGGUCGAGAAUAUUCCACCGGAUGUGCGCGAGGGUGCCUACUGCUCGGCGAUUAAGUUCGGUCCUCAGGCCAAUUUCGACUUUCUGCUCAAACUUUAUCAUCAACAAGUCAAGUAUCAGUAUUACUUCUAUCAAGAAUAUCACGCAAUGCUCGCUGGUUUAGCCUGCACAACAUCUAAAGAAAACCUCAAAGGACUCAUACCGGUUGUGCUCAACGCGAACACUCCAGAAGCAGCCUAUCGACCACUGAUGUACCUAACACGAAAUCCGAUCGCAAGUGAUGUGAUGAUGGAAUAUAUUCGUUCCAAUGCAAAACAAGUUUUGGAAAGUGGGCAAAUAGACUUGUAUCUUCAAUCCAUGACUGCCGCAUGGCAAACGCAGACUCGUCUCGAUCAGUUCAUUCAACUGUGUAACGAUCUGGAGAGAGGUGAUCCUCAAGUACCAGCCAGCGUUUGUGCCCCGCAUAUUGCCAGUCUUCGUGCACAGGUUUCACGAGCACAACGCUACUUACCCGACAUCGGUGCGUUUUAA